AUGUCGUCCCUGUUGUCCUUUGUUGGGUGGGCUGUGCUUCCAAAUGUAGGUACCUCCGCGCAGAUGAUUGAGCGCAUGUCAACCUCUUAUCGUCAUACUCUUGUUAACACUAUUGCGUCGCUUGCAAAUGUCUACUACGGAAUUACAAUCCGCGCCGGGGAGCCACGACCCCAGCCACCAUCACCGCGGUAUGCUCGGCACCGCCGUCGCAUCUUCAUCCUAGUCGUCACGAGCUAUCUCCUGUACACACUCUACGAAACAUUUCAUCAGGUCCAGGUUACCGGCGAUUUCUACCGCGCUCUCGGUGUCUCUCCCCUGGCCGACGAGAGGACUAUCAAGUCGAGAUUUCGGCGGCUUGCUGCUCAACAUCACCCGGACAAGCGCGGCUACGGGGAUGGUGACCCAUCCGAUGAUUACUUUGUGUAUCUGAAGCUGGCACAGGAUACGUUAUUGGACCCUGCAAAGCGAUUCGCAUACGACCGGUUUGGCCCAGAUAUACUGUCCUGGGGUGAUCGGAAGACAAUGCAGGACUUUCUGUUUGCUGGGCUGCAGCGAUCAGUACCGCAGUAUGUGGUUGGAUUAGUGACUAUCAUUAUUCUGAAUUUUACUUAUUGGUCAAAUUGGGGUCGCUAUGUAAGCCAUCAACCAAGGUCUUUCCUGAAGCAAUGGGAUCAGUCUACUAACUUGAAUCAGUGGCGCUUCUUCACCUUUGCUGCGCUCAUCACGCUCGAAGCAGCCCUGAUCACUCGCCCUAAAGCGCUUUUCAUGCCUGGAUUCUAUAUCCCACCGGCCAUCCGAAGCUUGCUGGGAAUCUCUCCCACUUUCUACCUCUUACCGUUCCAGAUCCUGACUCUUGCGCAGCGCGCUUCGGUCACUCUACAUAUAUUCAUCUCCCAGCUGACGCCGCCAGAAGUGAGCAAGGGAUCUUCAUCUGCGCCAGGCGAGCGUAUCCAUCCACAGACGAUGCAACGGCUCGCGCAGCUGGCUCAACUCUCCCGGGCUACGGACGGCGAGGCUACACGGCUUCUUCAGCUGGGUCUUGCUCCCUUCCGAGGAGACCGGGAAGGGAUUGCAACCUUGCGAAAGGGAAUGAAGGAGGGUCUUGUGCUGAGCAGUGUGAGAGCUAGUCCAGAAGUUCAGCAGGCUAUCGCGCAGGUAAUGGAGCGCAAGAAGCCGGAAAAGAAUAGCAAGGCUGAUUGA